AUGCCCAAGCCACUCGUGACCCACCUCUACACUGCCGACCCAUCGGCGCAUGUCUUUGACGGCAAGAUCUACAUCUACCCGAGCCAUGACCGGGAGAACGACCAUGUCUUCAACGACAAGGGCGACCAGUACGACAUGGUCGACUACCACGUACUCUCACUUUCUGAGGUGGGCGGGGAGGUGACGGACCAUGGGGUUGCGAUUAGUGCAAAGGACGUGCCUUGGGUCGAUAAACAGAUGUGGGCUCCCGACUGUGCGCGUGGCAAGGACGGGCGGUAUUACCUCUACUUUCCGGCGCGUGCGCGUGAUGGUAUCUUUCGCAUUGGCGUGGCGGUGGCUGACCGGCCCGAGGGCCCGUUCAAGCCCGAGCCCGAGGCGAUGAAGGGGUCGUUCAGUAUCGACCCGGCGACAUUUGUCGAUGACGACGGGACCGCGUAUUGCUACUUUGGCGGACUGUGGGGUGGGCAGCUGCAGUGCUACAACUCGGACGGCACAGAGUACAACCAUGACGCUCCGGAGGAACCAAGUGGCAAGGGCGUCAAGGCGCUGGGCCCGCGUGUUGCGCGCCUCCGCGAUGACAUGCUCGAGUUUGAUGAGGGUGUCCGUGAGCUCGUCAUCACGCUCCAUGGUGAAGCCGUGCAGGCGGACGACCAUGAGAAGCGCUUCUUCGAGGCGGCAUGGAUGCACAAGCACGCGGGCAAGUAUUACUUCUCGUAUUCGACCGGAGACACACACCUCCUCGCGUACGCUAUUGGUGAUAGCCCGUACGGCCCCUUUGAGUAUGCUGGCACGAUUCUAGAGCCUGUACUAGGAUGGACGACGCACCACUCGAUCGUCGAGGACUUUAAAGGCAAGACGUACCUCUUCUACCACGACUGUGAGCUCAGCAAGGGAGUCGACCACCUUCGCUCAGUCAAGAUGCGCGAGAUCAAGUAUGACGAGGACGGCAAGAUCAUCAAGCAGAAGCCAUAG